UACAGCUCGCCAACUUAGCGCUGUUGUUUCUUCUUGUAUAUCUGCUGCUAGUGUUUAUAACUCAGCCCAUACAGGAAUAUAGUCACCUGUUUUUAUUAUAACGCUAGCGAGGAGCUGCGUGACUGAGCUGCAGUUACUUUUUAAAAUCCGCUCACAGCUGCUCUGGGGGGCGGAGUGUCUGCAGAGUGCUGCGCCGAUUGGGGCGCUCGAUCGGGGGAAGAGAGAUGGCGUGCUUGUUGGAGGCCCCUCUCCGCAUCAGUGUGCUGUCUGAGGUCACUGCCACUAGUCGCCAUUAUGUUGACAGACUGUUCGACCCCGACCCACAGAAAGUGCUGCAGGGAGUCAUUGACAUGAAGAAUGCCGUCAUAGGAAACAACAAGCAGAAGGCCAAUCUGAUCGUCCUCGGAGCCGUGCCGAGGUUACUAUACCUGCUCCAGCAGAGCUCGUCCAGUCUGGAGCUGCGGACCGAGUGUGCCGUGGUGCUGGGCAGCCUCGCCAUGGGCACCGAGAACAACAUCAAGUCCCUGGUGGACUGUCACAUCAUCCCUGCCCUUCUUCAAGGUCUCUUGUGUCCAGACCUGAUCUUCAUUGAAGCCUGUCUUCGAUGCCUCAGAACUGUCUUCAUCAGCCCAGUUACACCUGUGCAGCUGCUCUAUACUGACCCCACUGUGAUUCCCCAUCUAAUGUCUCUACUGAGCCGCUCACAGAGAACCCAGGAGUACAUCACACAGAUCUUCUCCCACUGUUGUAAGACCCCGGAGCACCAGACGGUUCUUUUCAACCACGGCGCCAUCCAGAACAUCGCCCCUCUGCUUAUAUCACCCUCUUAUAAGGUCCGGAUGCAGGCGUUAAAGUGUUUCUCAGUCCUGGCCUAUGAGAACACUCAGGUCUCCAUGACACUGGUGAAUGUGCUGGUGGACGGGGAGCUGCUCUCUCAGGUAUUUGUCAGAAUGAUGCAAAGGGAUCAACCCAUUGAAAUGCAGCUAACAGCAGCCAAAUGUUUAACGUACAUGUGUCGAGCGGGUGCCAUUAGGACAGACGACAGCUGCAUCGUCCUGAAGACGCUGCCGUGCUUGGUGCGGAUGUGCAGUAAAGAGCAUUUGCUUGAGGAGAGGGUGGAGGGUGCAGAGACGCUGGCCUACCUGAUGGAGCCCGACGUGGAGCUGCAGAGGAUCGCCAGCACCACCGACCACCUGGUGGCCAUGCUGGCUGACUACUUUAAAUACCCCAGCUCUGUGUCCGCCAUCACUGACAUCAAGAGGCUGGACCAUGACCUGAAACACGCACACGAGCUGAGACAAGCUGCUUUCAAACUUUACGCCUCGCUGGGCUCCAACGACGAGGACAUCCGCAAAAAGAUCACAGAGACAGAGAACAUGAUGGACAGGAUAGUCAGUGGCCUAUCAGAAUCCAGCAUUAAAGUCCGCUUGGCGGCCGUCAGGUGUCUUCACAGUCUUUCGCGAUCGGUGCAGCAGCUGAGGACCAGCUUCCACGACCACGCCGUGUGGAAACCCCUCAUGAAGCUGCUGCAGAACGCCCCCGACGAAGUCCUGGUCAUGGCCUCCUCUACACUAUGCAAUCUACUGCUGGAGUUCUCACCCAGCAAAGAGCCCAUCCUGGAGUCGGGGGUGAUUGAAUUACUAUGCAGUCUGACCCAGAGUGACAGUCCUGCACUGAGGGUCAAUGGGAUCUGGGCCCUGAUGAACAUGGCGUUCCAGGCCGAUCAGAAGGUGAAGGUGGAGAUUGUUCGGUGUUUGGGAACAGAGCAGUUGUUCCGUCUGCUGUCGGACCCCGACACCAACGUGCUGAUGAAGACCCUCGGUUUGCUGCGAAAUCUGCUUUCAACUCGCCCGCACAUCGACCAGAUCAUGAGUUCUCAUGGGAAGCAGAUCAUGCAGGCGGUGACCCUCAUCCUGGAGGCAGAGCACAGUAUAGAGGUCAAAGAACAGACGCUGUGCAUUCUGGCCAACAUCGCCGACGGCAACACCGCCAAGGAGCUCAUCAUGACCAAUGACGACAUGCUCCAGAAAAUCAAAUACUACAUGGGUCAUUCGAAUGUGAAACUGCAGCUCGCUGCCACCUUCUGCAUCUCAAACCUCAUCUGGAACGAGGAGGACGGGUCUCAGGACCGUCAGGACAAGCUGAGGGAGAUGGGCUUCGUGGACAUCCUGCACAAACUCACCCAGGCCUCUGACCCCAGCCUCAGUGACAGGGCGAAGACGGCGAUGCAGCAGUACCUAGCAUGACUACAGAGGGCAGAGAUCCUCUACUGCCAGCCUAACUAACAAUCGUCAGGAGGGACACCUGCCAUCGGUUCUUUUGUUUUCCUUGUUUUUGUUUAAUCUUGAGGCUUGUUCUGUUGCACAAAGACACCUUUUGUUUUGGACCUGUGGCUGGCCUCCCCUCACCUCCCUUCCACCCACCACCACCCAGUACCACCACCUCAAAACGUUGUGCUCGCUCCAAACCUCAUCCUGGAGACUCUGAGAUCGUGGUUGUUGGGAAAUCAACGGUUCGGAGGGUUUCACUUGUUUUUUCUUCUGGGUUUUUUUUUUUUUUUCUCUUCCUUCACG